CAGAAGGACCUCUGCAGCAGUCAGGAGGGAGAGCAGCUUGUCCAGAAGCAGUUUGUUGCUUUGAUUGAGACUUCUACUCUUCAGGGAGAUGAUAUGAGUGAAGAAGAGACAAGAACAGAGCAGCUUUCCCUUCAUGUCUCUCCAGUGGUUGAGAGCAAAGAUCAGGAAGGAAGCAGCUGCUCUGUGUCAGAGAGUCAGUCUGAUACUGGCACAAAGAAAAGAUCUUUCAAAUGUGACAUUUGUGGGAGACGUUACACACAACAGUGUAACUUGAAAAUCCAUUUCAGAACCCACACUGGUGAGGGACUUUUUUCAUGUGGAACAUGUGGAAAAAGUUUCUCUAUAAUGAGAAAUUUAAAUCGUCACAAGAGAAUUCAUACAGGAGAGAAACCGUUUUCAUGUCAGAUUUGUGGAAAGAGUUUCUCUCGAAUUGAUAAUUUAAACGAGCACAAGAGAAUUCAUACAGACCUCCAACAGCCAAGUGUCUCCAAUGAGGAGGAAGAUUUUGCCAUCCAACAAGUCUGGAGCCUGGCAAGUAGGUCCAAUCAGGACCAGAAAGAAGGAGAACAUCAGUGGACUGAAGAGGAACAGAUGGAACCAGAACCUAAAUGGAUUAAAAUAGAAGAGGAGGAACCAGAACCUACACUGUUCAAACAUGAGGAAAUAGAAUAUCCACUAACAUAUGUAAGAAAAGAGGAGCUAGAUUCUUCAGUGCUUCAACAUGAACAGCAGCCACCAGAACAUUUACCAACUGGACAGGACCAGAAGGACCUCUGCAGCAGUCAGGAGGGAGAGCAGCUUGUCCAGAAGCAGUUUGUUGCUUUGAUUGAGACUUCUACUCUUCAGGAAGAUGAUAUGAAUGAAGAAGAGACAAGAACAGAGCAGCUUUCCCUUCAUAUCUCUCCAGUGGUUGAGAGCAAAGAUCAGGAAGGAAGCAGCUGCUCUGAGUCAGAGAGUCAGUCUGAUACCGGCACAAAGAAAAGAUCUUUCAAAUGUGACAUUUGUGGGAAAUGUUACACACAACAGUGGAACUUGAAAAACCAUUAUAGGGCCCAUACUGGUGAGAGACCUUUUUCAUGUGAAACAUGUGGAAAAGGUUUCUGUGUAAUGAGAGAUUUAAAUCGUCACAAGAGAAUUCAUACAGGUGAGAGGCCUUUCUCAUGCCAGUCAUGCGGAAAGCUUUUCUCUCAAAUUAGGUAUUUAAAUCGUCACAAGACAAUUCAUACAGGUGAGAAGCUUUUUUCAUGCCACUUGUGUGAGAAAAGCUUCUAUCGAAGGGAUAAUUUGAUCAUUCACAUGAAAACCCAUACAUGUCAGGGGCCACUUUGAAGCCCAACCUGUGAAAAAAUCCAUCCAUCCAUUUUCUUAUCUGGGGUCCGUGCCCAGAAACUCUGUCUUGGAUUAUUUCACUUUGCAUAACAUUAGACCCUCACCUAUUUUUGGUUGUUCAUUUAUGAAUUUUUUAUUAUCAAAGCCUUUCAACUGGUUUGGAAGUGUAUAUAUUGAAGCUCUAUGCUACUUGACAUGCUACUGGCUGACUUUUGCAAAGUAGCCAAUCAGGACGCUUUCAGCAUCCUCCUCAGAUUUCCACGAUGGACAUCUGGAAGACAAAUGUUUGUCAUGAGUAACACCAACUUUUCAUGCUUUGUUGUUGAAUUUCAUGUAUAAAUUUAUGUGCUGCUUGGAUGUAUCAAACACCUUAAUAAAAACUCUGACAUAUAGCGAUAUUAGAUAUAGAUAUUUUACCUCUUGGAAUAAUUGUUUAUCUGCUUUGUGAUGUGUUUUUUUCUUUACUUAAUGAUGUGUGUAUUUUAUUUUUUAAAAUAUCACAGACUACUUUUUGUCUAGAAAUAAAGACUUGUGAAUAAUACGAAGUUGUAUUUUAGUUAAAACACAUCUGGUUAAAUUAGACAAAUUAUUCAAUAUCAGGCAUUAAGAUAAUGUACCGGAGCAUUUAAAACCACAUCAACAGCAGCAAUACAAGGAGAAAUGAGAGAAAUGCCGUUAGAUUUAAGAAGCCAAAACUAGAAAUGAAUUAUUGGUUAAAUUUACAAGGCAAUAACUUUAAUCAUCCAACUUGGGAAAUUUUAAAUCCAUGUUGGG